GAGUUGAGAAACCUGUUUAUUGUGAGUUGUGACGCUAUUUUCCAUCGAUGACUCGGUGUAGUUAGUUUUCAUAGAAACAUGGCGGAAAAUGCGCCACACAGCCGUUUUAACCCAAAUGAAUCAUGGCUAGAAGGUAGAGGUUCGUGGUUAACCUACGGAGUUAUCGUUUGUAUAACACAUUUGGCUAUUCUGAGUAUUCCCUUCAUUGGAACGGCUACAGCUUGGACUUUGACGAGCAUGAUUCAUUGUAUUGCAACAUAUUAUUUUCUGCACUAUUUAAAAGGAAAUCCAUUUGAGAACUCUGUCGAUGGUGGCUCUCAAGGAAAAGAUCGUAGGUUGACGCAUUGGGAACAGAUUAAUCAAGGUGCACAGAACACAUCCACAAAGAAAUUCAUGACUAUUGUUCCUGUCAUCAUAUUCAUCCUGGCUAGUUUUUAUACAAAAUAUGAUCUACUGCACUUCCUAGUCAAUACUGUGGCCCUCUGCUCAGCACUUAUACCUAAACUUCCUCAACUACACAAAGUUCGUCUUUUUGGAAUAAAUAGAUACUAGAAUGGACACAUAUUCAUCGGUCAGCAUAUCCUGUAUGCUAAAUUGUAAACAGCUUUAUGUUAAUCAGUUAAUGGAAGAAUUUAUAUUAUCUUAACUUAUGAUCAAUUUAUGUUAAAUAAUUUUUUUCUACUGUGGCUAUUCUUCUAGUUUCUACACUUUCUACUGCAAUUUCCAUAUUCAAAGAGGAUAUAACUUUAUAUAUAUUGUGUCACUAUAUUGGAAAGAAAAUAUGGAUACAGUAUAUAUAAACACAGUAAAAUAUUAAAAUUUAUAUUGAAUUUAUGCUUCAAAAGUAAGAUAUUGUAGGAAGUAUUAUGAUGUUAUA